AUGGCAAAAAAAAAGAAAUUAUCUAACUUUCAGCAUGGAGAAAUUCUUUAUGAUCAUGAAUGUAAAGAUUCAUUAUCAACUAUUGCUAAAAAUAUCAAGUAUAGUAAAACUACUAUGCAUUAUACUCUAAAACAGUAUACUAAAACAGGUUCUACAGUACCAAAAAAAUGUCCAGGUCUAAAACCUAUUUUCAAUAAAGCUGCCUUAGAAGAACUCAACCAAAUUGUUACACAAAAUGCUAUGCAUUAUCAUCUAACUAUUUGUGAAAUUCAAGCUUUAUGGCAAAGAGAAAAAAAUCAGAAGGUUUCUAUUUCAACACUCCAUCAUGCUUUAAAAAAAUGUGGUCUUUGUUCUUGUGUUGCACAUCACAAGCUAUUAAUUUCUGUAAACAAUAAAGUAAAAUGUCAAACCUGGGCAAAAGAUCAUCUAAACUGGUCAACUCAUCAAUGGUGA